AGAGUGCACCAUGAGGCUAGAGGAGAGAGAGGCUAUCAGAGGCAAUAAAACAGAGACCCAAAUAGGACAAGGAGGCUUCCGUAGCCGGCUGUUGACACUUCAGCUAAAAGUUUGCCAUGUGUUGAAGCAUAUCAAUAUAAUAUAAAAGACGUAUGAUAAAGCUCUGAAGCUUUUUACUGACACUGAACUGUCAAGACUCUUCAUCUAUCCGAAAAGUAUCUUCAGUGACCAGACUGUGAGCAUCUCCAAAACUGCAGCUCCUGUGGGGCGUUCCUGGUCUGUAGUGGUCCGUACCUACCAAAAGUGGACCAAGGAAGGAAAACAACUGAUUAAGGUCAUGGGUGGCUGAGGCUCAUUGAUGUGUGUGAGGAGCAAAGGUUGUCCCGUGUGGUCUGAUCCAGCAGAAGAGCUACUGGAGCUCAAACUGCAGAUAAAAUGAAUGCUGGUUCUGAUACCGGUGUCCAAACAUGUGCAUCACAGUGUGUCAUAUGUGGGUCUGUGUUCGUCUCUUACUUUCCUAGAUCUCAAUCCAAUGGAGCAUCUGUGGGAUGUGCUGGACAACCAAGACCGAUCCAUGGAGGCUCCACCACCACCACCACCUCCACCACCACCUCAACCUCCAAGAUUUGAAGGAUCUGCUGCUAAUGGUUCCAGAUACCACAGCCCACCUUCAGAUGUCUGAUUCAGCUCAGACGUGAUCAGAGGGAUGCUGCUGCAGUUUCAGCUGAGUCUCCCCCACUGCUGGAGAGAGAAUGAAUUAGCACCUCUUGUCCGAAAAUGAGUUUGGAGGAGACGUGGUGAGCCAAUUCUCUGCAGCUGAACGUCAGUGGGUCACGGUGGAAGCUGAGGUCUGGACCGGAGAGCUGUCUCAAGCCCCGAACCAUUUCAGAUGGAGGUGGAUGCAGACGAUAAGCGCCAUCGCACACGCUCUAAAGUGCCUGUGGAUCCAGCAUUAACAGAGCUUUUCAGGAUAAAGUAUUCCUUCAUUUGCCUGCAUGCACCAGAGAAUCAUUUCAGUGUGUACGGCUGCCCUCUGGCCAAGAAGAGGAAGAGCCUGGACCGACAAACCCUCGAAACCUCGCCCAAGAGGAGCACCUACCUAGAUGACAUGAACAACUCCACCAUGGAGGAGUGCUACGAGACGGACGGGACGGAGGAGAUGGACGACAGGGAAGGGGAGGAGGAGGAAGGAGCGGUAGAAGAGGAGGAGGAAGAGGAGGGAGAAGUGGAGGAGGAAGAAGAAGAGGAGGUAGAAGGUUACAUGGACUACAACGUAGAGCAAAUGGAGCAUGAAGAAGGGGAGGUGGAGAGAGGGGACGCCGGGGAGGAGGAGGAGGACGAGGAAGAAGAGGUAGAGGUGGAGCAAGAAGACGAGGACGAGGGUGAUGAGGAGAGGGUGGAGGAGGCAGAGGAAGAGGAGGAUGCUGUGGAGGAGGUGGACUAUGAAGAGGGAGAGGAUGAGGACGGAGAUCAAAGUCAUGGUCAAGAGGACGAUCAGAUGAGCAGCGGUGAGGGGGCGGAGGGAGACAUCAGAGGUGGUGGUGGCAAUUUCAAAUCUGGCCCAGGGAUGGAGAAGGACGACAACAACAAUGACGAGUACGAGAACUACGACGAGCUCGUGGCCAAGUCCCUCCUCAACCUGGGCAAGAUCGCGGAGGACGCCGCCAACAGAGCCAUGACGGAAUCCGAAAUGAACAGCAACUCCUCAAACAGCGCCGAAGAAGAAGACGAUGACGAGGAUGACGAGGAUGAGGAGGACGAAGAGGAAGACGAGGAGGAGGACGAAGAGGAUGAGGAGGAAGAGGAAGAAGAGGAGGAAGGGGAUGAACCACAAAGGGGGGACUUGACUUUGGAUGUUGACAGUGACGUUGUUCGGGAGACAGUGGACUCUCUAAAGCUGCUGGCACAAGGUCACGGCGCCGUGCUGUCCGACAACUUAGACGGGCAGGAGUUUGAGGGUGCAGGCGGGAACGGGGGUGAGAACGACUGCACUCACGGUGAGGGGAACCCACACGGUACACAUGUUAAAAGCAGUAAUGGACAGCUAGAGAACAGUGACGAGGAGGUGUGUCUAAGCAGUCUGGAGUGCCUACGGAACCAAUGCUUCGACCUCGCUCGGAAGCUCAGCGAAACAAAGCCCGCCGAUCGAAAUGGACCACCAUCCCUGCAAAAUCAUUUUUCAUGCGGCGAUCCCAAUCAACUGGCACAGCAUCACAGCUAUGCUGACUUCCAACACAGCCAAGACGACAGGCGGAGUCUCGAUAGGAACUAUUCAGACAUGGACAAUCUCAUGAAGCUGGAGGAGCAGCUGAGCCCACGCUCCAAGGCCUUCUCGAGCUGUGCACAGGACGACCGCUAUCACACCAACCACCGGGACUUCGAUGAAGACACGGCCUCUGUGACGUCAGACCGAUCAGAAGAAGUGUUUGACAUGACGAAGGGAAACCUGUCCCUGCUGGAGAAGGCCAUUGCACUAGAGUCAGAACGCGCCAAGGUGAUGCGGGAUAAAAUGGCGGCCGAAGCUGCCAGGAGAGACGGGGUGAGGUAUAGCCAUGAGGACCACGGGCAUCGGCACGGAUACGCUGUUGACCGUAAAGCCCGGCUUCCUGACGGCAUGAAGAAACCCUUCUACCACAAAGAUGCUUCCCGUGCUGACAAGAAAGAGAGUCGAUGUCCGACGCCGGGCUGUGACGGCACGGGUCACGUGACGGGCCUGUACCCUCACCAUCGGAGCCUCUCCGGCUGUCCGCACAAAGACAGGGUGCCACCAGAAAUUGUGGCUAUGUAUGAGAAUGUUCUUAAGUGUCCUACGCCGGGCUGCACGGGACGCGGCCAUGUCAAUAGCAACAGAAACUCCCACAGAAGUCUGUCAGGUUGUCCCAUCGCUGCAGCCGAGAAGUUGGCCAAAGCCCAGGAGAAGCACCAGAGCUGCGACGUCGUCCCCAAGUCCAACCAAGCCUCGGACCGAGUCUUAAGGCCUAUGUGCUUUGUCAAACAACUGGACUAUCCUCAGUAUGGUUACAAGAACAAUGUUUCCACCAGCACGCCCCGCUCCAACCUGGCCAAGGAGCUGGAGAAGUACUCCAAGACCAGCUUCGACUACAGCGCCUUCGACGGCAGCAACAACCACCAAGUGUACGGGAAACGGGCCAUCGCACCCAAAGUUCACGGACAACGAGACACCUCGCCCAAAGGAUACGACGCCAAACGCUACUGCAAGAACUCCAGCUCGGCCAGCAGCACCACCAGCACCUACGCCCCUAGCAGCAGCAGCAGCAGCCUGAGCUGUGGAGGUGGAGGAGGAGGGGGCAUGGGCGGAGGAGGCAGAGGGGGCGGGGGAAGCAGCGCCAGCAGCACCUGCAGCAAGAGCAGCUUCGACUACAGCCACGACAUGGAGGCCGCCCACAUGGCCGCCACGGCCAUCCUCAACCUGUCCACGCGCUGCAGAGAGAUGCCCCACGGCAUGGGGGGGAAACCCCAGGACCUGUGCUCACAGAGCCCGGGUCUAGAUGUUGAUGAGAACGGUACGUUGGACCUGAGUUUGAGCAAGCCUCUGUGCAGCGGCGGCGGCGGUGGGGACUCGGUACUCACCCCUCUAGAGCCCAUGUCCCCCCAGCGGCAGGCCGUCCUGCUGGGCUCUCGCUGCUACGGCAUAGGGGACCCCGCCGACUGCUGGGACCUGCCUGUAGACUACACCAAGAUCAAACACAUAGACGAGGACGAGAAAGAGCAGGACGACCUGGACCCGUUCCACGACCUGCUGGACGACAGCUCCUACACCACAGAUGUGAACAUGCCCAGCCACAAGCCCAAGUACGUCCAGUGCAAAGAGAGUAAGAAGGACCUGAUAACUCUCUCAGGUUGUCCUUUAGCCGAUAAAAGCAUUCGAAGCAUGCUGGCCAACAACGCGCAGGAGCUCAAGUGCCCGACACCAGGGUGCGAUGGUUCGGGACAUAUCACUGGCAACUACGCUUCACACAGAAGUCUCUCAGGGUGUCCGCGGGCCAGGAAAAGUGGGAUAAAGAUCAUCCACAGUAAAGAGAACAAGGAGGACCAGGAGCCUAUCAGGUGUCCAGUUCCCGGGUGUGACGGUCAGGGACAUGUGACGGGGAAGUACGCGUCCCACAGAAGUGCGUCAGGAUGUCCCAUCGCAGCGAAGAGACAAAAGGACGGCUACCUGAACGGCAUCCAGUUCACAUGGAAGUCUGGGAAAACAGAGGGCAUGUCCUGCCCCACGCCGGGCUGCGACGGCUCGGGACACGUCAGCGGCAGCUUCCUGACACAUCGCAGCCUCUCCGGUUGUCCACGCGCCACCUCGGCCAUGAGGAAAGCCCGGCUCUCCGGAGUGGAGAUGCUCACAAUAAAGCAGCAACGAGGCAGCAACGGCCUGGAGCACGAGGAGGACAUCAAACAGCUGGAUGACGAAAUCAAAGAUUUAAGUGAAUCAAAUUCACAAGUGGAAGCGGACAUGAUCAAACUCCGAACACAGAUCACAACAAUGGAGUCCAACCUGAAGUCCAUAGAGGAGGAAAACAAGGUGAUUGAACAGCAAAAUGAAUCUCUCCUGCAUGAGCUGGCCAACCUCAGCCAGUCACUGAUAAACAGUUUAGCUAAUGUCCAGCUCCCUCAUAUGAAACCUCUGGCUCACAAAGAGCCUCCUCUGAGGAACAGCUGCUUACAGCUGCACCAGCAAGACCCAAUAAGCGAGCAGAACUUUGAUGCUUAUGUGACCACUUUAACGGAUAUCUACACAAACCAAGACCAGUACCAGAGUCCAGAAAACAAAGCCCUGCUGGAAAACAUCAAGCAAGCAGUUCAAGGGAUCCAAGUGUAACCAACGAGCGCAGGGAGACUUUUGUUCCCAACGCAGAUCCCCAAACGAACAGGCCAUGAUGGUUUGAUCUCCUCAGUCCGGUGCAGUAACUUCUAUAGUGUUAUAUAUUCUGAGUUAUGUUCUCUGAAAAAAAGAGGUAUUAUGCUAAGAAAGACAUUCAUAUGAUUUCUUUCUUCUUUCUUUUUCGGGCCUUGCUUUGAGGAAGAACAAAAAGAAUAAACGGCAAAAUAGUUUUCGAGGACAUUCACAUUUUGUACGUUUUCAUAUGAGCUGACAUAGUGUCAUGUGAUGUUUCUAGCUGCUCAUGUAUGCACAUUUUUAGUGUAUAUUUCUGAACAGUAAGCUAAUGAUAACAGAACGCGAGUUCUUUUUACUGCUUGACAAACGGAGCAUUUUAGAUGAAAACACUGGACAGAGAAUCAAACAAACUAUACGAGCGAGGAGGAACGAGCGUCUUCUUCUUUUUCUCCUCACUGGAUGAUUUUGGACUGGAUGAUUUUAGAUGUUUUUUUCUUCUUCUUCCUCUUCUUCUUCUUCUUCUUCUUCUUCUUCUUCUUCAUCAUCUUCUUGCGUGUAGAUUGUUCCAGAGCAAGAACUGGUUUGCAUAUUGCUUUAUUUUCUGAUAAUGCUUGAGAAAAUGUUUGUGUUUAUUGAAAAAAAAGAUGUGUAGCUGUAGGUGGGGGCAUUUUUAAUUGGUGCUGUAUAUGAACUGAAGAGGAAACAGACCUGAUGUUUGUAUGAAUGUAUGUUUGAACAGUUAUAUUGUAAACAUCAUUACACGGAAACCUGAUGGUGGAAAUCCCAUUAUCUAGGAGUGAAAACGGACUCCUAGAGGAACACGUCUGUGCGGUGCAUGUUCUCAUGCUCAUGCUAAUCUCAAAUAGACAUGAUGUGUAAAGGCAAUGAGCUACAAUCUAUUCUUUCUAGAACAAACCUGCUCAAUUUUGAGACUUGCUCGGAUCCAGAAACGUCUCAGCAAUAUAAUAAGAAAAUCAAUUGUUUAUAGUCGGUACGGGAUGCAAUCCGCAAAGAACAAAAGGUUGGGAAUAUGCAAUUUCUUGUUUAUAAGCAUAGCGGGGUAACAUGAAUCUUUUUAAUAUAGCCUAUGUAAAAUAUUGAUUUUUAUACAAAUCUUUUAAUACAAAAAGUCUUUUUAAAAAAGGAGGAGGGGAACCUGGACGUUGCGUUUGUGAAAGCGAAAGUUUGAGUUCCACAUUUUUUCUGUACGAUUUUGCACAGGGACACCUUCGUUUCCAUGUUUUGAUGUUGUUACAGAAACGUAAAAGCAGUACCCGAGAGCCUGAGCGGAGGGUGUCAGAGGGUUUUGUAAAGAGUAUUUAUAGAGUAUGACAGCGGGACUUACAGGGUCACUGUCCCCACUUAUGUGCCAGUAGACUAUUUGCACUUGUCCUUGAAGAUAUUAUCCUUACGUACGGCGGCGUGCAAUUUUUCCAGGUGACCUCUUUGGCACAGGAUCGGAGCAGCCAACUGCUUGGAGCCACUGCAGGCGUGGAUUUAGUACCACUGAGAGGAAGAACAGGGACUUGAAAUCAGAGAGGAGGAGGAUUAUAACCAUAGCAGUUAUACUGUAGGCUAUUAUCAAGUGUAAAAACAUUAACAAUGUUGUUUCAUUUUUUGCUAUGUUUUAGGAAGAUGAAGUUAUCCCCCAGCAGCACUUUAUAUCUAAUCACUGUACAAAGGAUUAAAUAGUCAAUCAAUUCAAGGUUUUAAAAAAAGCGGAAGAGACGGUGAACGAGACCUUGGAGGGGUGACACAAUCCAGCGUCGCCCCUCUUUUUUGUUCUAGUUGUUAGCGAUCAUGUUCAGAAUUUGCCUUUUUAAGAGCUAAUGCAAAAGGUGCUCGUCGUCCACCUGAUCAAAUCUCAUCUAUUGUACUUUACUGUCCUCUUUCAGGACCCUACUACCCAUCAUCCAUGACUGCAUACGCCUUUUUCCACAGCAUCGUGUCUGCAGCUUUUUGCCAAUAUAGUAAUGCUUCAGUAGAGUAAUAGCUAGUACCAGUUUUUGAAUUAAUUCUCAUUAUCAGUAAAAAGGGAAAAAGGGAUUUAAAGCACAAACCGGCUGCUCAUCUGACGUUGGUACAUAAAUAACAAACUGAAUAGAGUUAUCUGUGACUAUCUAUAGGGAACACAAACAGGUCGUCACAUAUUUAGAAAGCUGACUUUUCAUAUAAAUUAUUGUGAAUUCAUCAGAGUUUAUUAUUUUAUUUGAGCCGAUUCAUUUGGAGAUUGUUUUCAGUGACCAUUAACAAAGACAGGAUUUUGUAUAAACUAUUGUGCUCUCUGUGGAACUGAAGUUUGAUUUAUUUUUGUACUACACAGCAUGGAUUUGUUGACAUUUUAAUUUUGCUAUAAAUGUGUGAGAUCACAAGUUGCUGUGAUAUUUCAUUUAUAAAUUGUGAACUUUGUACAAUUUUUGUCAUGCUGGAUGUUGACACAUCUUACUCUGAAUAAAGAAAAAAAUGUGUUGCCAGAGUCUGA